GAAGUACAUACCUUCAUCCUCCCCAGUAUUCACCGUCAUGUAAUGCCCAACACCAUGUCUCUCCGUGCCAGCACACGCAGGAUACACUGCAGCAAGCUCCUCCAUCCCACGACUUAUCUUCAUACCCGCCAGACACCCAAAGUCCCAGUGGGAUGGCGCCAAUGCCGCGCCGUUGCUUCUACGGCGAGUGCGGAGAGGGUAUUGUUCCCUGGUGCGCUGAAUAGCAAAUUUACGAAUGAGAUGGCGUUUAUUCGACCCUCGACGCAUAAGGCGAUUCCGACGUACCGCGUUAUGGACCAGUACGGUCAGGUUAUAAAUAAGGAGGUGGGCGUAGAUACGGAAGAUGAGGAGGCAUUGACGUUGUACCGGAAUAUGGUGUGCUUGAGCAUAAUGGAUCUGCUCAUGUUUGAGGCGCAGAGACAGGGUAGACUGAGCUUCUACAUGAUGUCUGCUGGGGAAGAAGGCAUAGCCGUUGGCACGGCAAGCGCUCUUGACCCGUCCGACGUAAUUUUCUGUCAAUAUCGCGAGACAGGCGUAUUUUUACAGCGUGGCUUCACCUUGGACCAGUUUAUGAACCAACUUUUCGCGAAUAAAGAGGAUCUUGGGAAGGGCAGGAACAUGCCGGUACAUUACGGCAGCAAGGAGCUCAACAUACACACCGUCUCAUCCCCACUUGCUACACAGAUCCCGCAUGCAGCGGGUGCAGCAUACGCCUUGAAACUUCAGAAUCAGCAGCAAUCGGAUAAGCCUCCCCGCGUAGCGGUAUGCUUCUUUGGAGAGGGCGCUGCGAGCGAAGGUGACUUCCACGCGGCUUUGAAUAUCGCGGCGACGCGGCAGGUACCGUCCAUAUUUAUAUGCCGCAACAAUGGCUACGCCAUCUCUACCCCUACCAGUGACCAGUACCGGGGUGACGGUAUCGCUGCUCGGGGCGCUGGAUAUGGAAUAGACACCCUCCGAGUGGACGGGAACGACAUCUUUGCCGUGCGUCGUGCCGUCAAAGAGGCUCGCAGGAUAGCGCUUGAGAACGGCGGUAAGCCGGUUCUCAUCGAGAUGAUGGCAUACAGAGUCGGUCACCACAGCACAUCAGAUGAUAGCUUUGCCUAUCGUCAAAAAGUUGAGGUCGAAGACUGGAAGCGUCGAGACAACCCUAUUACUCGGCUAAGGAAGUGGUUGGAAGGCCGCGGCGUCUGGGACGAGGAUAAGGAAAGGGAGCUUCGGAGCAGCUUACGAAAGAAAGUCCUUGCUGCUUUUGACAAGGCGGAGAAGAUGAAGAAGCCCCCUAUCGCUAGCGCUUUUGAAGGUGUUUACGAAGAGAUUACGGAAGAGCAGAAGCAGCAUAUCGAGGAGCUGAGGGACAUUUUGCAGCGAUACCCUAAAGAGUACGACAUCGAUCAACAUGAGGGAGGCAUAGAGUCUCUGUCCCAAUUGUUAGAGAAGAAAUAGAAAAUGUUGGAGUCGCAAUCGGAGCCUCAUUGGCCAUGUCGGUCCAUCAUCACAUACAACAUGAGUUACCCAAGUGGCCUCUCUCAAGAGACGAUGUAUAUACUGUGUAAUAAUAGGGUUUGUUAGUAGGAUGUCCACGAUUGAGUUUCC